AUGCGGCGGUUGGGAGGCAGUGCGCUGCUUGCUCGCUACUGCACCUGGAGAGUGGGACCGUGCUGUAGUGGCUCGAUUUGCAGCAGCAGGGGCAUCGCCAGCACCGCAACCGUGUCCCCUUCGACCUCAAAUGGCGCCGAAGCCGCUGCAGCUAGCGCGACGCGGCUAGCUCGUGCAGCUCAGAUUCGGCGCAGAGAGUUACUCUUUCAGUGGAUGCGCCGUCUCGUUGUGCCUGCCUUUUCCAUCUACGGCCUGUUCCUUCUCCGACCGACCGAGGGCCAUUUCUUACGCUACGUUGCCGAGCGGCGGCACCUGGAUACGACUUUCAACGCGUGGUUCCCCCCUGUCGCCGUGGGUAGUCCGGCCAAUUCUGGUUCGAAGAAAGCCCUUGCUGCGAGAGAACAGACGCCGGCGAGCGUGUCUUCGCUGACGGGAAGGACAGACUCGAAAGGAGGAGCUUCAUCAUUGCUGCCGGAGGCAGCCGCGACGGCGUUUCGAAGCGAGCGCGAUCGCGAGUGGGCGUCGAAGCGCUUCCACUACAAGAAGGGCAGUGAAGAUGAGGAGCGUGUAGCCAGCAGGUGCCUCUUGUUCGCACGCGACCGCGUGCACUUGCCGGACGACACUGUCGUGGAGACUAUCCGCAGCCGGUCCGAGCAGCUGGAAGAGAUCCGCGCGCUGCGCGAGCACCCCCCCAUGCACCUACUCAGCGAACAGCUCAACACAAUCGCUGAGGAGAGUCAUCGGUAUGCUGCUGCACUCGCUGCUGCUGCCGUACAGCCGGCAGCCGCGGUCUCUAUGCCACCUCAAGUCGAAAUCCAGUUUGAGGACCGCACUCUCUUUGCCACCGCCGCCAUUGUUUUUCGAGACCGCGACGGCCGCGUCGUGCGUGCGAUGCGGUUCAUUGGUGCGUGCGGUAUGGUGUGGAAGGAGGUGGCGUGA